CUCCCGACAGACUCGCAACCUCUUCCAUGGCUACGUGAACCAACACAUGUCUGCAAUCAGCCAUGAACACACAUAACAACAACUCGCCCAAAAAAAUACGGCGCUUAAAUCGCACGUUUACGUGAUUUCUUUCGAAAUUGUUUCAACUCCUGCAAAAUUCGCCGCGACAAGCCGGCUGUCAGUCACUGUCGGGGGCGGGGAGGGAGAGAGCGGCACACUGACUGCAACCCCGGACUGGUUUCAUUUCCUCCGCUAUUUCGCGUUGACGGGCGCCUCUACCAGACGCUCAGCAUGGGGGUCCAGGGUCUGCAAGAGUACAUCGAGAAGCACUGCCCCAGCGCUGUGGUGCCGGUGGAGCUCCAGAAGCUCGCCCGCGGGAGUAUUGUUGGAGGCGGCCAGCAGAGACCACCGCACAGUCCGUUGAGGCUGCUGGUGGACGCCGAGAACUGCCUCCACCGGCUCUACGGGGGCUUCUACACCGACUGGGUCAGCGGGGGCCAGUGGAACCACAUGCUGGGCUACCUGGCCGCCCUCUCCAAGGCCUGCUUCCACGGCAACAUUGAGCUCCUGGUGUGCUUCAAUGGCGCCCUGGAGAAAGGCCGCCUUCACGAGUGGGUCAAGCGGCAGGUGAACGAGAGGCAGACCGCCCAGCAGAUCAUCAGCCACGUCCAGAACAAGGGCACCCCGCCGCCCAAGGUCUGGUUCCUUCCUCCCGUGUGCAUGGCUCACUGCAUCUGGCUGGCGCUCCUCAGGUUCCGCGUCGGGGUUAUCCAGAGUGUGGAGGACCACCACCUAGAAGUGAUCGCCAUGUGCAGGGAGGGUGGCUUCCACGGCCUGGUGGCCUACGACUCGGACUACGCCCUGUGCAACAUCCCGUGCUACUUCAGCGCCCACGCACUCAAGCUGAGCCGCAACGGCAAGAGCCUCACCACCUGCCAGUACCUGAUGCACGAGGUGGCCCGGCAGCUCGAUCUCAACCCAAAUCGCUUUGUCAUUUUUGCAUCGCUUUUAGGAAAUCACAUACUGCCUGAUGAAGACUUGGCUGCCUUUCACUGGAGCUUACUCGGUCCAGAGCAUCCGUUGGCAUCUUUGAAGGUGCGCGCCCACCAGCUGGUGCUCCCUCCCUGCGAUGUCGUCAUCAAGGCCGUGGCCGACUACGUCCGCAACAUCCCGGACGUCGGCGACCUGGACGCCGUCGGGAAGGACGUCUUUAAACAUUCCCAGACGUGCACCGAUGACAAAGUCCUCCGCUUCAAGAAGGCAGUGGGGUACUACUCUGUGGCCAGCAGCCCCGCCCACCUCCCUCCACAGUUAGUCAGACCAAAACCAACGGGAGCGCCGGCUGCCCGGCCGUUUCCAAAGAUGCUGGACAUUCCACACGAGCCGCUGCCCGUUAAACCCGCCGGGGUGCAGCACUCGUACCCGGCUGCCGACCCCGCGGGGAAAGACCCGCCGCAGCGCGACAGCUUUGCCGGCGUCCCUCGCGAAGGGAAGCACACGUCUCUGUACGAGCGGGCGGCUCCCGUCGAUCCCCGCGACCACGGCGAGGCCGCCGCCUUCAACGCCUCCUCCUCGGGGAACCCGGACAGCUCGGGCAAAACCGCCAAUCAUGUCAGCGACCUUAAGGGAGGAUGGGAGAAAAACGGAUGUGCUCCACAUUCUGAAAACAGGCCAACGGGCGACCCAGGGGAACGGACAAAAGCCGACCUCUGCGUGACCCCUGCUGCGAUUCCGGGGUCACGAGCCCAGGGUCUCAGUGGCCUGAGAGCUCAGAUUCCCUCGCUGCUGUCCAUGCCCACUAGGAACCACAUGGACGUCACCAUCCCGGCCCUCCCCGCCGUGGCCCCCGAGGUCCUGCGGGUGGCCGAGCACAGACACCAGAAGGGCCUCAUGUACCCCUACAUCUAUCACACUCUCACUAAGGGAGAAAUCAAGCUGUCCGUCACCAUCGAAGAUGAAGCCAACAAAGACCUGCCUUCAGCAGUGCAGCUGUUUCGGCCUAUACGCCAGUGUAUCUACGGAGUGCUUUUCAGCCUGGCUGAGGCCAGGAAGAAGGCCGAGAGGGUCGCCAUGAGGAAGAACUGCCUCCCCGAAUAUGCACAUGUCAUUGUCAAAGAGUGGGCCGCCUACAAAGGCAAGUCUCCCCACACUCCAGAGCUGGUGGAGGCUCUGUCCUUCAGGGAGUGGACCUGUCCCAACCUGAAGAAGCUGUGGCUGGGGAAGGCCGUGGAGGACAAGAACCGCAGGAUGAGAGCAUUCCUGGCCUGCAUGCGCUCCGACACCCCGGCCAUGCUGAACCCCGCAUACGUCCCCACGCCCCUCCUGGUACUCUGCUGUGUGCUGCGGUUUAUGUUACAUUGGCCAGGAGUAAGAAUUUUGCGUCGUAACGAACUUGACGCUUUCCUAGCCCAAGCACUUUCUCCUAAACUUUAUGAGCCUGACCAGCUGCAGGAACUGAAGAUCGACAACCUGGACCCUCGAGGAGUCCAGCUGGCCGCUCUGUUCAUGAGCGGCGUGGACAUGGCCCUGUUUGCGAACGACGCGUGCGGUCAGCCCGUUCCCUGGGAGCACUGCUGUCCCUGGAUGUACUUUGACGGCAAGCUGCUGCAGAGUAAACUCGGCAGUGCCACGCGGGAGAAGGCCCAGCUCAUUGACCUCUGUGAUGGUCAGGCGGAGCUGGCUGCCAAGGUGGAGAAGAUGCGUCAGAGCAUCCUGGAAGGUCUCAACUUCACUCGGCCGCCUCCGUUCCUCCCAUCUCCGCCUCACGGGAUGCCUUUCUACCCCCCGCCCCCUAUGAUGCCCCCUCAAAGGAGAGGCACGGUGGUGCCUGGACACGACGGCAUCUCAUCACAGGGCGGGAAGCUGGAGAUAGCCGGCACGGUGGUGGGCCAGUGGGCUGGAACUCGACGCCCCCGAGGAAGAGGAGGCUUCCCUGUGCAGGUGGUGUCUGUCGGUGGACCGAACAGAGGUCGUCCCAGAGGGGUGGUCUCCACGCCCGUCAUCCGGACCUUCGGUCGGGGAGGCAGGUACCACACUCGAGUGUUCAGGAGUCAGCUAGCUUACCUGAGUAAGCCCGCUCCUAAGCCGGCUCACACGCCGGUUAAUAAGCCGGCUCCGACGGCCGACCACGAUGCUGCGAAGGAGACGGAAAAGCCCGGCCGCGAGGAGAGGAAAACCUCCCCGGCACCGUGCGGCGGCUCGACCACGGAGAACGGCGUCGAGGACGACGGCGAACCAGACCGGUUGAACGGAGAGGAAGAGGAACACGGGGCUCUCAUCCAACCCGACAGUGCCUUUAGCAAUGACUACAAGACGAGCGAUUCUAAUCCUCACUUAAAUGCACUAAACGAGGACGGCGGCCGCUGCGGAGAGGAAGGUCUGGAGGCCGCCGUCUUAAAUACAGAAGAGUAAGCCUAUUUUUCUAGAGAAGGUGAAGGAUGAGAGGUGGAACAGGGUUAGGUUAUCUGGAAAUUUCAAAAAGCCUACAGUCAAAGUACCUUUUCCCUUUCAGAUAAUAAGAUGGUGUUCUCAGUCAAACAAACGAGAUACACGACACACUGCUAGUUUAAGGAGUAAUUCACUCCAUCACUGAUAUGUUUACAUGUUUGUGAGAAUGAUACUUUUCCUUAUCACUACAAUAUUUAAGACGCUUUCAUUUGGAAAUAUUUGAGUUCUUCUAGGUUGACGCUCCACCACGUACCCGUAGUAUCCGUUAUCUGUUGUGUUCUGGUCCUAUCGAAACAAUUCGGUGUGGCAGCUCGGAUGAGCUGCGACCCCAAAUAAAUCAGACGCAAAAAAUUGAACUCUGACCAUCAACUUUGUUCCUUUUGAGUAUCACAAAGUACUGCAUGGUCCACAGUGCCAGAGAUGUGUAGUUAUUGUGCAUGUUGUCCCUGUAACCUAUAUCUUCCCACAGCACCGCGUCUCCAGUCGCAAAUUAACGGCUGGCUGACAUCGGCGAUGUAAACAGUAAAAAAAAAAAAAACACACACAAAAUUUUUUAUUUGAUCGGUUCUGACCUUGAAGUUUUUCUACCCACUUGGAAGUAGCACGUUCACACAAUGUUGUUCUCUGUUGCCGUUUUCUGCAUUAGUCAAAUAUUUAAAAAAGAAUCGCAUACAAAUCUUUUGAUCACCUCUUUUAAGAACCCAGCCGUCACACCAGUCAUCGAUAUAGAGAUUGACUUCUGUGCUGUUGUCACACUUGUACUCCUUCUGCACCGAAAUCUUCGUUUAGAAUGUUGACUCCUAUUCAAGCGUUGCAUCUUUCAUUCGUGAUCAGAGAAAUGCCCACCCCCGUCAGAUUUUAAAUAGGUUACCUUCUAUGCGAGUCGAUCAGGUUCUUCCUAACUCAUGGAUCGUGAAUAGAAUGAACUGACUGAAUACUGGAGGAUGGAUUGUGGCUCGGUGUGUUUUGGAGGCUACAACGCUUAAUAAAACUCUAUUCUUUUAGUACAA